AUGUUGGACUGGAUGAAAGGGAACGAGGGCCCUGAGGCUACAGACACCUCUAAACUCCUGGAGCCGCCCGAAACCCCAGCUCCCGUGUUUGCGAUUCGCGCCUUCAAGAGCGCCUUGUUUGGCACCCCUGGCGCUGAAGAGGAGAAGGAUCAGGUUUCUGAUCUCAAUAAACCCGCCCAUUACCGCAGUAACGGUGAUUCCACCAAUUCUAUCCCAAUUCCUGUCCCCGUCCAAGCCGAAAAGGAAGACCCAAAACAGGACGACUCUCUUUUCAACCCCGCGGGCUCCCCUACCAAAAGUAUCCUCGUCACGCCCGGAACAAUCUCCAACCGACGCAAAACCGUCUCGUUUGGCGACGGGGUGGUGGAUAACGAGGGGAAACGCGACAGUCAAUCGACCAAGGUGGUGAAAACACCUCCCAACCCUGCGGGCAACCUCACUGCUCAGUGGAUGUCAGGCUCCGCCGAAGGAAGACCGCGCAGUCAACUCACGCAGACACUUAUGGAUGCCCGCGACAACGCGUCCAAAAAUGCCGAGGGGGCAGAGACUUCGCCUUCGAAGUCCGCCGCCCGCGUCCAGAUGAAGGAAGACUCCAGCGCCGACGACAUCACCGUCAAUCUCGAAGAUCCACGAUCGGAGUCAGGGAAAUAUUGGAAGACGGAAUUCGACAACUACCGAGCGCGUACCAAUCGUGAAAUCAAAACACUCAUCCACUACCGAUCGGUUGCCAAAUCCUACGCGCGCAAGAAAGACACUGAGGCCCUACGACUGGCAGAUAAGCUGCGCGAAGAAGAAGAGAAAGUGGCGGAUAUGGAACGCCAGGUGUCGCGUCUUGCCGCCACAAUUGUAGGGGAGAACUCGAAAGCAAAUAAAGAGGACUUGAUACAUGACCUCAGCAGGCAGACCACCCUAGCCCUGCAAUAUAAGCAGCAGGUCUCUUCGUUACGCAAGAGUCUCGAGCAGCAGGGCGUGGUGGGUGACAAUACCGCAACACUCAGCGAGCCAGCCAAGAAGUCACCGCCUGCAGACACGUCUGGAGAGCUUCUCAAGGCACAGCAGGAGUUGAAACAGGCCAACGCCAAAAUCGAGGAGCUGAUGCGCCAGCAGAAGCCAACUCAGAACCCAGAUCUCCAGGAGCUUCAGAGUCUUGCCCAAAGUUCGGAGAAGAAGGCACAGGAUCUCGAGAAGGAGAACCAUUCCCUUAAACAGACCAUGGCGCGCGUCAAACAGGAAAUGUCACGGUAUGAAGGCCGCCGCAAGGAUAAAGAAACCAGAUUCAGGCAGAGAGAAAUCAAGCUGGAAGGUCGAGUCCAGGAGUAUCGUGAACGACUAAAGAAGGUUACCCAGGAGCGUCGUGAAUCGGAAGAUGCACUGAGGUCUAGUUUCGACGAGGAGCGUCGCCGCAUGCAAAGCCAAAUUGAUACGUUGAAAUUGAGGGCCACCAAUGCAGAGCGCAUUCCCGCGCUGAUGCCUCAACAACGGCAUACCUUUAGCCCACGAAAGGACCACACGGGUGUGCAAAUCCAUGAUUUCGCAGAACCGGAUCAUCCAGAGAUUGAAGAAGCCACCGAGGACAUUGAGGCACCACUCAGCCCAAGUCCCCGGACCAAGACACGGCAUACGCGAAAUGCCACCACUGGUACAUUCGACUUGAAACGCGCAACUCAGAAAAUCACGGCCGAUGACGCCGAAGUCACACACUACCUCCAUGAAAUCUUGGACAAACCACGCCCGAAAUCGUACCAAUUUGACAAGGAUCCCAUCAUCACCUCGUCUCACGAUACCGCCCCGCUCAAGUCUCUCGAUCGCAAUCUCAAAACACACGCCCAUCAACCCACGGGCGAUAAACAGCGAUCAUAUCGCUCAUUAUAUCGACAUGAUUCCGAAAACAACGGAACUCAGCCCGGGCACACAGCCCGGUCCCGCCCUCACAUCCGAUCCACACUCGACAAUAUCUCGGGUCUUCCAAACUCUCAUACUGGCACAUAUGCCGGACACACAAUUUCCGAAGGGGACCGAGGGGGGUAG